AGGUGGAGCCGGCCAGCAGAAAGGAAAGAUUCAGCAUCGAACGGAUUUUGGUGAUGGGAGCAACCGGUUCCGGCAAGACGACGCUCAUCAAUGGCAUGAUCAACUACAUUUUCAACGUGCAAUGGGAGGAUACCUUCCGCUUCCAGCUGAUUCAAGAACAGACGGCCGGCCGCUCCCAAGUUGACAGCCAGACCAGCCGCAUCACGGCCUACGACAUCAAUCACGCGGUCGCUGGCCAUGACAGAAGACUUCCACCAACGUUCUGUUCCAUCCUUAUCCUCGCGACGUCCACUCAUCUAGCUUCAUUUCUUCUUAUGCUGCUACACUACUUUUCUUGCUUCACUGACGAGUUGGAUCACUUCAGUAGUCGCUUCCGUCCGCUGUGACUGUAGUCAUUCACCACGGGAUUAUGCAUUGCCCAGCAUUAAACUGCAAGGAACUCCAUCAGCAGCUCUAAGAAGAUCUAGCCGGACUAAAUUACCCAUCAGCCCAUCUCCAAACGACGUGUCACUUUCCGCAGGACGUACCACGCGAAUGAUGGCAUCCUGACUGCACGAAGUGGCCUGAACUACGAAGAAAACAGCCGUUUCACGCUCGUUUUACAGGCUGAAGAUCUUGCAAAAGAGCCUGGAGCUGCCUUAACCAGUACAGCUACUGUAAUGGUCGAAGUUCUUGAUGUUCAAGACCAGCCUCCAGUGUUUUUAAACGCACCCUAUCGACCUGUCAUUCAUGAGAACAGUCCAGCCGGCCAUUCACUAAUGAAAGUACUCGUGCGAGACGGAGACACUGGUCAACCUCGAGAUUUACAGCUUGACAUCGUCGACGACCCUCUAGGAUAUUUUCGUGUAAGUUCAUUCAAGAUGAAUGACAACAUUGGAACUGCCAGCAUUGUGGCAUCUGACAACCCAAUUGAUCGCGAGGAUCAAGUUAUACUGCGGAAUGGAGGCACCUAUUCAUUUGGGCUGAAGGCAAUUGAGUUGAUUGACAAUAAGCCUAUAGGCGAUUUUACCGUAGAAAAUGUCACCGUGAUGUGAACGACCAACCUCCUGUAUUUAAUCAGGCACAAUAUUCAAUCGGAAUUCCGGAAAAUCUCGAUAUUGGGGAAGCAUUGCCUGGUCUUGAUAUGACCGUUUCGGAUUCGGACACUGGCGUACAUAGUCAAUUUGGGUUAGAGUUGAUCCCAUUGCGAAAUGCCGACAAUAUCUUUGAGGUUCACCCGAUGUCUGCCACAGGCCGGACACCUGUUCUUAUCAAAGUUACCGGAGCUGAUAAGCUCGACUAUGAGAACCCUGACCGGCGGGAAAUGGUUGUACAAGUCAUAGCUAGAGGUGGAGGCAGACGUCUCUCAUCUACUGCCACACUGACCAUCCUGUUAGUCGAUGUUAACGACAACAUCCCGAUCUUCGAUGAGUCUUCCUAUAGUUUCAAUGUGGUUGAGAAUUCCGCACCUGGCUCGUUAAUUUCAAGGCUGAGUGCUACGGAUGCCGACAGCGGUGUGUUCGGACAAUUACGCUACGAGUUACGUGGCUUUGGAGCUGAGCGCUUUUCUGUUAACUCGUCUACCGGUGACCUAAAAGUUGGAGUAUGCGGACUUUCGACUUGUUUAGAUUAUGAGGAUCAGGACAUUUUUACUUUGACCUAUACUGUCAUUGACGGAGGGGGGAAAGCAACAUCAGUGCCGCUUACCAUUAAAAUUGAUGACGUUAACGACAAUCCGUCCGUUUUCGAGCAAAAUCAAUGCAGGCGACUCAUCCAAAAUAGAGCUCUUGACUUCGAUCCACAAUUAGUGGUUAAGGCUACAGAUAAGGAUAGUAUUCGGAAAGGUCAUUCACCGCCAAUUCAAGAUGGCAGGAUUUCCUACUCCAUUGUGGCAGGCAACACUGCAGACAACUUAUUCAAUAUUGGGCGCGACAGUGGCAUUCUUGAUGUUACUCGUCCUAUCAAUGCCACUGAAUUGGGCGAGGUUAGAUUUGUGCUCAUAGUGCGAGCGACCGAUUCCGGCACACCACCCCAGCAUGCUGAUACCGUGGUGACAAUUACGGUGGGGGCUGUCGAUGGAAACGAUCCCCCCAUUUUCCAACAGAACCAGUAUCACGUCAACGUUGUCGAGCGGGCAACGCCAGAUUCAUUUGUUAUUCAGCUAAAUGCUACUGAUCCGGAUGGACCUUCAGAUAAUUUGCGCUAUCGCGUCGUCGGAGGCACAGCCGUCGAUUGGUUCACCAUUGAUGAAGUGUCAGGAAUCGUUCGGGUUGCAAGAGGUGGCGCUCUCCAAUGGGAUCAAGAAGCUCCUCUUCUUACUCUGGCAGUAGCUGCAGUUGACCAGGGCCAGCCACUUGCUCAAUCAGCUACCGCAACAAUCACCAUACAGGUGGAAGACAUCAACCAUAAAUCACCAAAUUUUGAUAAACAACUUUUUAUCCAUCACGUAGCCGAGGUUACACCUGUUGGAACUCGGGUUCUGGCUUUAGGUGCCAGUGAUCCCGACACUAGCUCACAAUUAAGAUUUCGAUUAACUGAGCCAUUUCAGAUAAGAAAUAAAGAAGGCUAUUUGCGCGACGAAGUUGAAAGCGAGUACUUCUCAAUUUCCGAAUCAACCGGUAUCUUAACCCUUACGAAGCCGCUCGACCACGAGAAUGCUGCUGUUGUUAUGUUCCGAGCGGAAGUUACAGGCAUGAAUGCUAAUGCAGAAUAUCCCAAUCAAACGGAUUUCGCUGAGGUUGCAAUUUAUGUUCAAGCGCAUACUGAUAACGGAUAUUCUCACCGCCGUGGUCUCCAGCUCACCCGAUUAUCAGAGCGGAAGUGGUUGAAGAACAAGAUCCGGGCAUUAUCUUUCUCACUCUUCAAGAAGAAGUUCCGUUAUUAGAUACUGCAUGCUGCACAUGAUCCUGUCACUGGUCUUCUUAUAUCUCAUUUUGAGCUUGUGGCUGAACCAAAACAAAUCAGCGAAAGCUUAACGAGGAGUCUUCCCGAUUCAGGAACACCACUCGAAUCUUUAUU